AUGUCGGACAACAGUGGAACAGCUGUUUCGCGGGCGACUACUCCUGUCCCUGUCACUGAAAGUCCUGUGACCACUCCCUUACGCUCGAGGCAUGACCAGUUUCUCGCUAGUUCAGCUGAAAGAGCUCAAAGAACUUCCUCUAAUGGUCGCCCUCCCAAUCCAAAUGCUAACUUCGAUUCUCCUCCAUUACCAUACCACCGUCAAUUAGCGACGGGUUCCCUUUUACCGUCUCACCGAGAGACUUCAGCAUUUGUACCCGUUGUUCCAACAAGAGUCAUGCACCCCGUUAUGUACCCUAAUGAAAUGCACCCACCCUUAAUACCUUCCGAAAUGAUAGAAAGAGAACGAAUGAUGGAAAGAGAUAGAAGCGAAUCAGCUAAAGCAUCACCAGAUAGAGCUUCUGGUAACUUUCCUAAAAGAAAUUCAUUCGAUUUAAUGGCUAUGAUGGUUGAAAAAAGAAAGGAGGUAGCCCUAAGAGAAGCAGCUGCGGCUAUGCUCCUUCCUCACCAUAGAACUCCUUCAAUCGAAGGAAUAAUAUCCGAUGGAUCAUCCCAACCACCAAUUUAUGGACCACCUGGUGCAUUUUUAGGCAACCCUGGACCUUCACCGACGGCUGGAAAUAGCUUUACGUUCCCCGGUGCUGGUUUAUUUCCACCAGGAACAGGUCCUCACCAAAUUCACCCGCACCUAGACAGACGGUUACUCCGAGCACCCGGAAGAGCAUCAAGACCGAAGAAGCAGUUUAUCUGUAAAUUUUGUAAUCGUCAAUUUACAAAAUCCUAUAACUUACUCAUUCACGAGCGGACGCAUACUGAUGAACGGCCUUAUUCUUGUGAUAUCUGCGGGAAGGCGUUCCGCCGACAAGACCACUUGCGCGAUCAUAGGUACAUACACUCUAAAGAAAAACCUUUCAAAUGUACAGAAUGUGGAAAAGGAUUUUGUCAGUCGCGCACUUUGGCUGUUCACAAGAUCCUUCAUAUGGAAGAAUCACCUCACAAAUGUCCAGUCUGUAGUCGAAGUUUCAAUCAGCGUUCGAAUCUCAAAACUCAUUUGUUAACACAUACUGACCACAAACCUUACGAAUGCAAUUCCUGUGGAAAGGUAUUCAGGAGAAAUUGUGACCUAAGAAGACAUGCGUUGACUCAUUCCGUCGGUGAUGUACCAGCUGGCGAUGUUUUAGACGUAGGUGAAGAAGAUAUAGGUAGACCGGGAUCUCCUAUUGAACCAGGGUAUGACGACGACGACCCAGAAAUGUCAUCUCCUGAUCAUUCUCCAGUAAGAAGGGCCCGAUCUUCAUCGAUUGAGAGUAUCGGCAGAGAGCAAAGUGAAGAAAGACCGCGACCUGCUUCUCCUUCACCGGUAGAGCGCACUCAUUGCCAUCAUAAUGAACCUAGAGACAGAGCAAGUCCUUACACAAUGCGACCGCAAUAUCAAGAGAAACAUCGAAUGCCUACUUCGGAUUUAUAUGAAAAGCGAAGAUUUACGAGUGACGAAAUCAUAGAAAAAGAAACCCGCUACUCUGAUAUACCGGAGCAUCAAUUAAGACAUCCACAACUGCAAAUUCGCCGAGAUUUACAUCAUGUUUCUGCACCAGAUCCAUCAAAAAUUGGUCAAAUGUCAAACCAGUCGAUGGAUCCAGGGCCAGCGAGUUUGUAUUUAGGUCAAUUUAGAAAAAGAAGUCAUCCUCCUGAUUUAGGAGAUAAUGUUAGGACUUGUACUGCCGUUUACCGAAGUCGUUCACCAGAACCGACAAAUCUUACUAUGCCUAGACCGCCCAUUGUCGGUAACGAUGUUGUUGUUGGAAUACCACCCACGAUGAUGAAUAUGCAAUCUUAUCAUAAAUUUGGAUUACCAUUACCACCACCUCAUCCACAAAUAGCUUAUGGGUCUAUACCUCACACAGUAUUGGGACCACAACAAACUGUAGCGCAAGAUCUAAUAGUGAAACAUGUGCCCCCUAAAGAUACAGCACCAAGUACAUCUACAAGCGUUACUAGUUGCAAAGAUGUGUCACAAAUCAACUCGAAAGAUAGUAACAUGGAUACAGAUUCAAAUUCGAUUGCAAACGGUAUUAAGAACAUUGUUGGUAUACAACCAAAUUCUAAUCCAAAACCCGGAACAAGUCAAUCAAGUGGUCCUAAAAAAGGUUUUAGCAUAGAAGAAAUUAUGAGACGUUAAUUAAGAUAAUAGAAAAGUGAUAAGAUGUAUUUUAUAUGUCAUUGUAAAUAGAUUUAAUUUUAUUUGUAAUGUAACUAGAUUUAAUUUCUUGGGAAGUAUUAUUAAAGUUUUAACAGUAUAAAAUAGAAGUGGUAUGUUUGUAAUAUUUGUGGAGCGGCUUUGGUUUUCCUAAAGAUCUCAUAAGAUUUGUUUGUGUAGUAUUUUGUUGUGUCAAAAUUUUAAUAAAUGAUAGAAUAUUUUAUCAACAUAUUAGGCCAUACAUAAUGUUUACUUCUAUUUUUGUUUGAAGUUCCAUUGUCUGUUAUAAUUAAUUUGUAUGUGUUUUUUAUGCUCUGUAAAUGAGGUUUCCGAAAUAAUAAAUGAGUGUUAUUUAUUAUUUAAAUAAUUUUAAGUUGCUCAAAAAGCAAUAAUAGGUUAUUUACUUUUAGAUUUAUUUUUAAUUAUUAUUCUAAUUUUAGUAGAAUUAUUAUCUUUAAUUCUUAAGUAUAAGGUAAGGCUGCAAUCGAUAAUAAUAGUUAUUUGUAUAUUAAAAGUAAUAGAAAAGAACCUCCGUAAUGUAUAUGCGCAUAACUUCCAAAAAAUAACAACAAAUUCUACAUUAAUUCCUUUUUCUCCGUUAUUGUCAGGAAAGGGUUUGCAUUAAAAAAAAAAAAAAAAAAAAAAAAAAAAAACUAAAACAAUCUAUAUAUCGAUAAAAUAUGCACGA